CUGGAUCACCUAGAGUUUCACAAGCAGACACCUUCUGCUGUAGGAGAGAGAGAAUUAAAGUUCUGAAGACCUAUUGCUUUUCACCAGGAAGUUUUACUGGGCAUCUCCUGAGCCUAGGCAAUAGCUGUAGGGUGACUUCUGGAGCCAUCGCCGUUUCCCCGCCCCACCAAAGAAGCGGAGACUUAACGGGGACGUGCGGUCAGAGCUAGGGAAAUGGGCCCGCGAGCCAGGCCGGCGCUUCUGCUCCUGAUGCUUUUGCAGACCGCGGUCCUGCAGGGGCGCUUGCUGCGUUCACACUCUCUCCACUACCUCUUCAUGGGUUCCUCAGAGCAGGACCUUGGUCUUUCCCUGUUUGAAGCUUUGGGCUAUGUGGAUGACCAGCUGUUCGUGUUCUAUGAUCAUGAGAGUCGCCGUGUGGAGCCCCGAACUCCAUGGGUUUCCGGUAGAACUUCAAGCCAGAUGUGGCUGGAGCUGAGUCAGAGUCUGAAAGGGUGGGAUCACAUGUUCACUGUUGACUUCUGGACUAUUAUGGAAAAUCACAACCACAGCAAGGAGUCCCACACCCUGCAGGUCAUCCUGGGCUGCAAAAUGCAAGAGGACAACAGUACCGAGGGCUUCUGGAAGUACGGGUACGAUGGGCAGGACCACCUUGAAUUCUGCCCUGACACGCUGGAUUGGAGAGCAGCAGAACCCAGGGCCUGGCCCACCAAGCUGGAGUGGGAAAGGCACAAGAUUCGGGCCAGGCAGAACAGGGCCUACCUCGAGAGGGACUGCCCUGCGCAGCUGCAGCAGUUGCUGGAGCUGGGGAGAGGUGUUUUCGACUGGCCAGUGCCUCCUUUGGUGAAGGUGACACAUCAUGUGACCUCUUCAGUGACCACUCUACGGUGUCGGGCCCUGAACUACUACCCCCAGAACAUCACCAUGAAGUGGCUGAAGGAUAGGCAGCCAAUGGAUGCCAAGGAGGUCGAACCUAAAGACGUAUUGCCCAAUGGGGAUGGGACCUACCAGGGCUGGAUAACUUUGACUGUACCCCCAGGGGAAGAACAGAGAUAUACUUGCCAAGUGGAGCACCCAGGCCUGGAUCAGCCCCUCCUUGCUAUCUGGGAGCCCUCACCAUCUGGAACCCUAGUCAUUGGAGUCAUCAGUGGAAUUGCUGUUUUUGUCAUCAUCUUGUUCAUUGGAAUUUUGUUCAUAAUAUUAAGGAAGAGGCAGACUUCAAGAGGAGUCAUGGGACACUACGUCUUAGCUGAACGUGAGUGACACGCAGCCUGCAGACUCAUCAUGGGAAGGACACAAAACUAGAGACUCAAAAAGGGAGUGCACUUACUGAACUCUUCAUGUUUCAGGACAGAGUUAAACCUAAACAUAGAAAUUGCCUGAAGAACUCCUUG